AUGAAGAGAUCAGUUGCACAUCUGGUGAUUAUGUGUCUCAUUGUGUCAUGUACCAAUGGAGAAACCAAAGCUCUUAGAAGCAACUCGGAUGAAUCCGAAGCUUGGGGAUACGCAGAAGUUAGACCCAAAGCACACAUGUUUUGGUGGCAUUAUAAAAGUCCAUAUAGAGUUGAAGAUCCUUCCAAGCCAUGGCCUAUCAUCCUCUGGCUCCAAGGUGGACCUGGAGCUUCAGGGGUUGGGAUAGGGAAUUUUCAGGAAGUUGGUCCAUUAGACACUUUUCUCAAGCCCAGAAACUCAACUUGGUUGAAAAAAGCCGAUCUCUUGUUUGUGGAUAGUCCAGUUGGGUCAGGGUACAGUUUCGUGGAGGAGAAGGGAUUGUAUGUGAAAAGUGAUGAAGAAGCUGCAAAGGACUUGACCACACUGUUGCGACAACUCUUUAACAAAAACAAGAGAUUAAACCAAAGCCCUCUCUUCAUUGUUGCUGAAUCUUAUGGUGGCAAAAUCGCGGUUAAGCUCGGUUUGUCGGUUAUUGACUCGGUUCAAUCCGGCAAAUUGGAGCUCCAUCUCGGAGGAGUAAUUUUGGGAGAUAGCUGGAUAUCCCCUGAAGAUUUUGUGUUGUCAUGGGGACCUCUUCUCAACUAUGUGUCCAGGCUUGAUUACAAGGGCUUAGAUCUCUCUAACAGCUUAGCUGAGAAGAUUAAAAAACAAAUUAUGAAUGGUAAAUACAUCGAAGCCACUGGAACGUGGAUGGAACUCGAAUCCAUGAUUAGCUCCAACUCCAAUUCCGUAGACUUUUACAAUUUUCUGUUGGACUCUGAGAUGGACCCUCUCUCGCUUACGAGUGAAGAAAUUAGUAGAAAAGAAAAUAGAAUAUUAAAAAAGUAUUCAAGAUAUUUAAAUGAUUUGAGAAGUUUGAGUGACGUGGAUGAAGGAGACCUUGAUAAAUUAAUGAAUGGCGUUAUUAAGAAGAAGCUCAAGAUUAUUCCCAAAGACCUCGUAUGGGGGAACAAUUCGAGUGAUGUGUUUGCAGCAAUGGAGGCUGAUUUUAUGAGACCUACAAUCGAAGGCGUCGAUACGCUUCUUGCCAAAGGGAUAGAUGUGACCAUAUAUAAUGGACAACUUGAUGUUAUCUGCUCAACAAGUGGAACUGAAGCAUGGGUUCACAAGCUCAAGUAA